CACUGUUCAGUCACACGUUGAACGUGCGCGACGUCGGACGUCACGUUGCUCGCACGAAAAAAUUCGUUGUAUUAUGUAAAAUUUCACUUAACCUCCAAGGGGUUUAUAAAUUACGAUAAAGUGCAUUUCUGGUCAAAUCCACGCUAUUAUUAUUUCAUAUUUAUAGUUCGGAUGAUGUAAAGUUCGAUUGUUGCGUGUGGUCAGUUACAAGCAGGGACCCUUCGAAGUGUUUCAGUGUUCUGUUUUGGUGUUUGUCGAACGUAUGAGUGUUAACAAUUGGACUGGUAAUGUGAACUCAAGUGUCGAGAUGGAAACUAUGAUAAAUGUUUGGACUGUGGUGGAGCAUGUGAGGGUGACCAGCAGUGCUGCGGAGCUGGCGAUUUUCACAGCUAUACUCUAUUGGUUCUUUACUUCGAGCCGGGUAGCAGACAUGCUAGAAGUGGUGGGCGAGAGGGUGGGGGGGUGGUGCGGUCGCGAUACGACGUCUCUGCGGCAGGCGGUGCGCACGCGCAAGCGGCAACACGCCGAUGUGUAUGCUAAGCUUGAUGCUGAAGUUACUACAAGAACAUCAUCGCUUUAUCGCAUGAAGGAUGGACCCAUAGUGCCACCCCCGCAACCUCAGACGAGACCCACAGCGGGUCUGGCGUGCGCGAGAUGUGCCCCGUUAUCAAGGGAGUCAUGGCAAGAUGCGAAAUCGCCCGACGCGGGCGCAGUGAUCAAUAUCCUGGAUAUCGGCAGGCAGACCUUCGCAAACGGCGGUGUCGUGUCGCGCUACCUGUGCGACCUGGCGCAGUGCUUGAAUCUCGUCAAAUACGACUACAAGGACGUGGUGCCUAGCGUGGCUAAAGACGAGCGUUUCCAACGCGCGAUAGAAGAGAAGACUAAAGAGGAGUUGAAGAAGGCACAAGGAGAGGAGAGAGGUAAAGACGCGGAGUCACGGUACAUGUCGGUGAGGAAACGGGUCGAGGCUAAAGCCAUGAAGGUCCUCAUCGACAUCAGCUCGGCGAUGUCUAAUAAUGUGCUGAGGCUGGUCGCGUGGGUGUGCCACAAGGCGGUGCGGCGCGUGGCGGGCGGCGGGUGCGGCACGCGCGCCGCCAGCGCCGAGCGGCUGCGGCGCGCCAACGCGGCCGGCCUGCCGCUCGUGUUCGUGCCGCUGCACCGCUCGCACUUCGACUACAUACUGGUCACCUUCACGCUCUACCUCACCGGCCUGCGCCCGCCGCUCGUGGCCGCCGGCGACAACAUGCGCAUUCCGUUCUUCGGUUGGUUCCUGCGCGGAUGCGGAGCGUUCUACAUCAGGCGACGCGUGGACGGCUCGGAGUAUCACGAAGAUCCUGUGUAUAAAUCUGCUCUAAGGGCAUAUAUUUUAAACAGCCUUGCAGCUAAUAACAACUUGGAGUUCUUUAUCGAAGGCGGUCGGACUAGAACGGGCAAACCGCAGCCGCCUAAAGCGGGUAUCCUAUCGGUGAUAUUAGAGGCAUACCUGGACGGCACGAUAGACGACGCGCUCUUAGUGCCGGUGACGCUGAACUACGACAAGUUGGUCGACGGUAACUUCGUGAGGGAGCAAUUGGGGAUGCCGAAGCAAAUGGAGACGUUCUGGUCGGCGCUGAGGGGCAUUUGGAGGACUUUGAACACUAACCACGGCAGCAUAAGGGUGGAUUUCAAUCAACCUAUAUCGUUGAAGGAACUGGUAACAUCGUUCCAAAGGUACAUCCACCUGAAAGCGCCCCCCGAGAGGCCCCUUUCCCCGCCCAGCGAUGACCUGAACGAAGACCUGGACCGCCGCAUCCUGUACAACCACAGUCACAGUAGUUUCUACGGCGCGCACGUGAGCGCCGACCACAAGAUGAUGGUCGAGGCUAUUGGGCGCCAUCUUGUCUAUGACGCGUCGCAAUCGACGGCGCUGAUGUGCACGAACGUGGUGGCGUACGUGCUGCUGGCGGAGCAGCGCGGCGGCUGCUCGCUGCGCCAGCUCGAGCGCGGCGCGGAGGCGCGCGCGCGGCGCCUGCUCGCCGACGGCCGCGACCUCGGCUACGCCGGCGACACCGCCGCCGUCGUGCGCCACGCGCUGGACAUGUUGGGCCGCGGCGUGGUGCGGCGGUGGGGCGGGCGGGUGCGCGCGCAAGCCGGCGUCGCGGCCGCGCUCGAGCUCAGCUACUACGCGAACGCGGUGGUCGCGCACUACGCCGCGCCGGCUAUAAUAGCGACAGCGCUGGAGAGCAUCCUGUGUGAGCCGGGCGCGGACCAGGAGCAGGUGCGGCACGGCGAUCUGAUGGAGCGCGCGCUGCAGCUGUGCGCCGUGCUCGGGCACGAGUUCGUGCUGUGCGCGCCGUGCCAGCGCCUGCGCGAGCGCCUGCUGGACGACAUCGCGCGCUCCGACCUGCUGCAGCCCGUGCAGAAUCAAAAUAUAAUAGAAGAGCAAAGGUGGUCACAGCGCUUCGCCAGGAGCUUAGAAGAUGACGAAGAGGAACAGCCCGAUCCCACUAGGAACAUGAAGUAUAGGAUUAAUAAGAAACCGGAAGCGAUUGCUGAGAGGCGAAGAUUAGUGCUAACACUGAGGCCGCUAAUCGAAGCGUACUCGGCCACCUGCAAAUGUCUCAAAACCGCAUCGCAAAAGGAAAUAGUCACCGACACGCUGGACAGGCUUACCGAGGAGUUCACACAGAAUAGAAUGUUAUAUGGCGAAGCGGUAUCAACGGACGCUAUCCGCAAUUGCCUGCGGCUGCUCCGCCAGUGGGGGGUGAUAGACAUGCACACAGACAACAAAAUUAGGAAAAUAAGACUAGUCCCGCCCUACGACAACGAACGCAGCUUGCAAGAAGUGUGUAACAACAUACACAUAUUUAAUAUGGACUCGCCCCUGUUGGAGAAAAAGUGAAACCAUAUACCGCAGUGCCGUGAAGUGACUGUUGUUUUAAAUACUCCGUUUUAAACGGCACUUGUGUUUAUGUGUAUUUUGUAAAAACCUAGUGUACGACUGUAUAGUUUUCUCAAACAAUAGAUAAUUUUUUUUUUUGUAAAGCAUAUCAUGCAAAAUGACGGUGUAGGUGCGCCUUAAGUUACACUUAAAAUCGAGUGCCGUUUAAGAAUUCGGUUGUAAGAGACCAAAAAUAAUUUUAGCUAGUGUUUAAAUCGUUCACGCCCCGUGGGAGAGGUUUUGUUAUGCUAUGAGAAUGAUUUCUGUUGGCCGGAAGCAUAUUUCCACGAAAAAUACGUUUAAUUUGACAUUUUUCACAUGCAUCGACGAAGCAAAAAUAGUUUCACAGAUAUUAUGUGCCGUAGAUGAGGUGAGUUUUUGAGAAUAUAGUUUUUUUGUAUAACGGCUGGUUUGUAAGAGAGAAGUAAAUGGAUAUUGUUGUUUGUGCGUUUGUUUGUGUUUAUUGAUAUUUACCUUGGAGUAGCUAAUUUUUGUUUUUUUUUUUUUUUGUAUAUCGACUUUUUAAGGCCACUGUAGAACCGUAAGCUUGACAAGUAUGUGUGAAUAUUAAUUAGUUCUAUCUUAUUUUCAGUCUUGUCCAAAAUUAACUCAACAAGGAAUAGAAAAUAUUCCAUGAACUUCAAUCGAUUUUGAUGCUAAUAAUCGUUCAUGCAUGCUUGUCAAACUUACAGCAACAUGUGUAGUUUAUAGUUAUUUCGCUGUAUUUUUUUGUUACUAUAGUUAUGGUUAUAUGGAUAUAGAGUACAUAAUACACAAUAAACUAUAUCAUGUGAUCUAUGUUGACGCUAUCUGGCUGUGAAGGAUGUGUGAAAGGGACAGAGCGAUGCUGAUGUCAGUAAAUCUGAAAGAGAGGUCUGCGUAUAGUCGAACAAUGGUUAUCGAUUCUAGUUUUAAGUUCUCUACCGGUCAAAAUUAAUUAGUAGGCAGUUUCAAACUGCGGUCGUUAUAACAAAUUGAAAUGUUCAAACGGGAAAGUACAAUUUUGUACAAACUUGAACAUAGAUGGCGCUGUAAUAAUUUGUUACAUAAAUAAAUAAAAAUUUUGAUAGUGUCAAAGGUUUUGUGCUUAUAUUAAUAAAACAAAUUUAAAAAAGAAACAUUGUAUAAGUGGGAGAGAAAAUAUAUAUUUUUUAAUAUUGACACGCAUUUAUUAUUCGUUUUAUUGCUUGAUGAAAAAUUCUAACGCCAACAUAACAUUGUAUUAUAUCUGCUUGCUUGAUUUCGUACCAUUUUGUUUGAUGGCUGUGAGAAAAGUGUAAAUAUUUGAUGAUUAAUACUUGCAUAUGCUAAAUUAACCAAACAUGUCACAGGUGAAAAGUUUUUUUAUACGUCAAUAUGUCAGAAUAACAUAGUGUAAAGUUAUUCAAUAUCUAUUUUAAUUAAUUUUAUGAUUAUAUAUGCGGGUUAUAUGGGUUAGACGUGACGAAAAUUGAGCAUUAUAUCCGAUAAGCAAUCAUACUGAUAGGGGAGUUUUUAUAAAUAAAUAUUUGUCUCAAUCCCAAUGUUGAUUUAUACUCUUUGAAAUUGUAAACAUAUCAACAUAUUUUCUUUUCUUUGUGACAACUUCCGAUCCACCGAGGACUCUGGAUUCUGUUAACAUUUUAAAAUUGACAUAAAUUCAAGGCUUAUGGUUAUUUUUAUAUAUAUUUGUUUUAUUAUUAUUACAAUUUUAUUCGGUCCUUCAAUUUUAUUCUCUCUUCGUAUUUUACCUGGUGGUGAAGUGUCAUCUGUAAUAUUAUUAGUAAUAUUACAGAUGGUAGUUCACCGUGUAUAUUCACUAUGAUAUACACGGUGAUACACUGAACUCCGGUAUAAACUAAACACGAUUUAAUUUAUUGUUAGAUUUGGAUGACAAUGGCUUUCAUCAAAUGUGCUUUGGCGUGUAUUGUAUUUGGUGCGUUUUGCUUGUCCAUUCUUCGUCAAAAUUUAAUUACGUUUUACGUUUUCAGGUCUUAUCAUAUUACUUUUAUAUAUUUCAAGACUGGCACGACCUUUCAAUAAACUGAAUUGUUCUGAAUAGAUAUACUUUUUAUUUAUUCAAAUUAUUUUUGCUCGCUGCGUAAGACUUCUCUGGGGUUGAUGUUUAUUUCGUAACGAAACAAUGUUUGUUAAGAAAAUAGUUUUGGAAGCAAUGACAAUUACAGUCGGUAAAGACGAUUGUUGGAGAAAUCUUUUAUAAGACAUUUUAAGUUGUACUAAUGUUAUGGUGUGUUUGGGCCCUUAUAUCGCCUAAAGGUAAUUUCAAUAGAUAUUAUGUAACAUAGAAAGCUAUUUAUGUAUAUAGAUAUUUUAUAUACGAGGGAAGAUGUGGACUGUGUAAGAACAAAUACUGAAAUAAAUACUUUAUAUAUAU